GUUUCACAUCCCGAAUCAAGAAGAAAUGUUUUCGACUCAUCAGAAAAAUCCCCUUCAUCGGCGUCACGAUCCAGAGGCAGCUGAACAAAGCGUUGGACGACAUGUCUCACAGUCUGUUCACACUGAAGGACGGGAUGAGCUACAUGAAGGAGCUGCCCUCUAAAGGUCUCUCUCAGAGCCAAGUCCUGGACAGAAUCAAAGAGUACCAGACCCUCAAUGAGGUGCAGUGGGAGAAAGGCUGUGUUUCAGGGGGGGUGUACUGGGGGGACGAGUCCCUGACCAAACUCCUGGUGAAGGUCUACGGGGACUUUGCGUGGAGCAACCCUCUUCACCCGGACAUCUUCCCCGGCGUCAGGAAGAUGGAAGCUGAGGUGGUCCGGAUGUCCUGUGAGCUUUUCCACGGAGGACCCGGUUCCUGCGGCACCGUGACCUCAGGAGGAACGGAGAGCAUCCUGAUGGCCUGCAAGGCCUACAGAGACCUGGCCUACGAACGAGGAGUCAAGGUCCCUGAGAUUCUUGCUCCGGUCAGCGUCCACGCAGCCUUUGACAAAGCGGCCCAUUACUUCGGGAUGAAGCUCGUCCACAUCCCUCUGGACAAGAAGACCAUGAAAGUUGACGUGAAGGCCAUGAGGCGGGCCAUCAGCAAGAACACGGCCAUGCUGGUCUGCUCUGCGCCUCAGUUUCCUCACGGGAUCAUGGAUCCUGUGGAGGAAGUGGCCAAGCUGGCUGUUCGCUACGACGUCCCGCUGCACGUGGACGCCUGUCUGGGCGGUUUCCUCAUCGUCUUCAUGGCCAAAGCUGGUUUCCCGCUCGCUCCGUUCGACUUCAGGGUGCCAGGAGUGACGAGCAUCUCUGCAGACACCCACAAGUAUGGCUACGCCCCCAAAGGGUCCUCUGUGAUCCUCUACAAGGACAUAAAGUACCGACAGUACCAGUACUUUGUAGCCCCGGACUGGCAGGGGGGGAUCUACGCCUCGCCCUCCAUCGCCGGCUCCAGGCCGGGGGGGAUCAUCGCCGCCUGCUGGGCCACKAUGAUGUACAUGGGGGAGAACAGAUACGUGGACGCCACCAGGAAGAUCGUCGGCACCGCUCGCAGAAUCAAGAACGAAAUCCGGAAGAUCAAAGGGGUGUUUGUGUUCGGGGAUCCGGAGGUGUCGGUGGUGGCCAUCGGCUCGGAUGAUUUCGACAUUUUCCGCCUCUCCAAUGCAAUGACUGCACAGGGCUGGAACCUGAACACGCUGCAGUUCCCAUCCAGCAUCCAUCUUUGUUGCACAGUUUUGCACACCCAGCCGGGCGUCGCCGAUCGAUUUAUUCACGACGUCAGAGAGCAGGUCAGGAUCAUCAUGAAGAACCCCAAAGAGAAAACCACUGGAAUGGGCGCGAUCUACGGCAUGGCCCAGUCCAUCCCGGACCGGUCCCUGGUGACGGAGAUCUCCCGGGGCUUCCUGGACUGCCUCUACAGCACCGAGGUGCCAAAACCCAACGCCAGCCACAUGAACGGCAACGGCAAAGCCCACUGAAACGGUGCCGCGCCUUCUCAGGCUGAACCCUGCAGGGAAAUGCUCCCCCCCUCCCUGAACUCCUAACGAUUGCCUUAUCCUGCAAAAAAACAAAAACAAAAAAAAAACGUAUGUACAUCAAGCCCUUCGAAGCACAAGCCAUCAUGGUUUUAAUCAGCCCAGAGGGAAACUGCUACAGGGACGAAACGACUGGGUCCAAACGGUUUAUGUUUUUAACUUAAUUAUUUUAAUUUUCUCACGGGAUCAUUUGCGUGUUUUUAGUUUUUGUUGUUUUAUUUCAAAACAUUGAUUUCAGUCAUGGUUUCUAACAGUUAACGUCACUUCUUCUGCUCACCACAUAACAGAACCGUGCAGUUUUAUUCCACUGUCAGAACAUUUCAGCUCAUUGUCUGUGAUGACUCAGCAAAAACAAACAAACAAACCCAGGUGGAGCUGUGCUGCCCUCUAGCAGGACAGCUGCUGUACUGCAGCGGCCCGACUCAGUGUUUUCCUGCAAAAAAAAAAUCAAUAUUUUUUAUUCUUUUUCUAAAGACCUAAAAGCACUGAUGAGAACGUUUCAGGUUAAAGUAAACUAAACUACUCGAUUUGUGAUUUUUAUGAUGGAAGUUUCUCAGCUGUGAGUGAAUCUGCGUGUUUUUGCGACAUGAAAAUGAGUCGAGGGCAUUAAAGUUUAGACAGCAGCUAGAGGAAUCCAAAGCUUUUCUUGUUUUAUUAAUAUUUCACRUAGAAACUGUCUGAAGAGGUGCUUCAUCAUUACAGACUGAACUCACGGCUCUUUCUCACUUCUGGUCAAAUAUUUCCGMGAAACAAACUAACAUUUUAGUUUUUGUGUUUUCUGUAGUUGCCUCCUGAUUUAAUCUACCUCAGUUUCUACCCGGUGCAAAGCCAUUUUGUUCACCAUCCCUGCAGACGUCCGAAACAACGGUAACAAUCCCAUCCACUGUGACUGAGGUUUAAAUAUUAGUUUCAUCACGGGAGAAAAUUUCCUUCUGCGUCUGGAUUUUCUGAUCAGCGGGACUUUUGAGACCAGAGCGGARCUUGUUCUCUUCUAAUACUGUUUUAUUUUUGUGUUAUUUGUGUGCAAUAUGUGUUUGUUUUUGUUUUAUGAAGUGAAAUAAAAAGGGGGGAAUCAGAAGCGAUGUAGCAGCUGCUACCGUAAGCCUUGAAAGUGGCGUCUAACCACUGCUAAUCACUAUUUUUUGUGAGUAAUUUUGUUUUAACGACAUUAGACCUGAAUGUAUUUCUUGCAUGUAGAUUUUUUUUUCCAUCUCUUAGUGCCUGGUUUAAUUUCGGUUCCAUCCAACCUGAGAUCCUGUGUGCCGACAGCAGCUCGUAGUGUUCUGCUUUAAUAACUAAAAAAACGCUGGUGAUGGAAAGUUAUGAUUAUGAAGAUUUUUUCAAAUAAAAUCCUUUUAAUGUAAA